AAUACACCUGUUGCAUUGAACCAGGCUGUAACAGAGACCAGGAGACCUGUCCCUGUGAGGAGGAAGGACAACAGCAAAGGGAAGAGACACGCGAAUGAAAGGAAAGAAAAAGAAAAGGAGAGAAAAAAAAAAGCGAGAGAGAAAAUAUUCUGCGAUCCCCUCACACAAUUUUUGCACAAGGGUGAUGAGUUUACAUUUUAGGACUUAUCUUUGUUCAACUUUCAACCUGAACUGAACUAAGGAGCAUUAACCUCUGGGACCAAGACCAACAUCAAACAACACACAAACUUUGCACAGGUUUGCACGGGUCCAGCCUUUCCUUCUUUCUGUCUCUUUCUCUCUCUCUCUCUCUCUCUCUCUCACGCUCUCUCUUUACCCAUGGCAAUGGCUGAGCCAUCUACUGGCUGGUGGAAACUGACCUUCAUGCGUAAGAAGAAGUCGGAGCCGAAGGUUCUGUAUGAGAUUCCGCCUGAGUGUACCAGUAACACGGCGACUUCCUCCUCCCCCAACGAGAGUUCUGAGGAAAGCCAGUUCAACGCCCGCCUGGAGCGCAUCGUGGACAAAACGGCCACCAAAGGCCGACACGUCAAAGUCUCGCACUCGGGCCGAUUUAAAGAGAAGAAGAAGAUCCGUGCCACGCUGGCUGAGAAUCCCGAACUCUUCCCCAACCGUGAGACUGGAGACGAGAACCUCCGGGCUGGAAAUUAAAUACAAACCUAUAAACAGACACACACACACACACACACACACACUAAUAUAGUGCAAUCAUAUCCACAUACACACCUACAGAAUAACAUAGUAAAAUUUAUCCUUAGUUUAUUUACAGAUACAAACACUCCACAAACGUCAUCUACUCUAUAUGUCUACGCACGCAUACAAAUAAUGCAAAAAAAACGUAAAAGGUACUCUGUGUCAGCAUUCAUAUGCCGACAUACAGUUAUUCAGAGCAUCGUUUGCUGUUAAGACCAUACAUACCACACACACACUCACAAACCUAAAUCAUCCAAAGUGGUGUAGCGAUGAUACAGACAGAGCCCAAACAUACACAUAAUGAGUGGAUUUCUGAUCAGGGCCGAUAUCAGUUUCUCUACCAUGUUUAGUUACUGUCCAUGCCUUACAUUAUAGAAUGAAUAAUUCACUCCCGCGGUUAAACGUAACAUUAACAUUUUAACCGAAAGAAAGCACGAGGCUUGAGCUAAAGCGUCUUGAGAUAACGUCCACUUUGACCUCGCUCGCUGGGAAACUAUUUGCUUUUGGGAAUAGUUUACGUAUAAGUUUGAGAACGUGAACUUUGUGACUACGACGACAAAAUGCCAAGACAACGCCCUCUGUCCUGUUUGCGUCUGAUGAAUUUGUAUUGAAGCCGUGGCUGUUCUUGUCCUUAAUUAUUUUCCAUAUUAAAGGUGGAGUACUGAUGUUGUUUUGAGCCGAACAGAUAAUCUAAAAUCAUUAAAGACCAUGAAUUUCCAAGUAAA